AUGGUCAAUAAUAAUUUUGAUCAAACAAAAGUUGUACGUUACUGGGGCUCCACAGAGACACAAACUAUUCAAUUUGAUGACAAGGGUCGAGGUCUCUAUUCAUCAAGUCGACUCACCCAUCCAAAGUACAUUACCGAAAACGGGAACCGGGAUAUCUGUGUGUCUGAUUGUUGGGCUGGUGCCGUAGUUGUGGUCAGUGAGGGUGGGGCACUACGCUUUAAAUACUCGGGUGAUCCUUCUACCUCUAAAAAGCCGUUCGAUCCACACGGGAUCGCAGUAGACAGCCAGAGUCGAAUUUUGAUAUCAGACCCCACCAGUAACCGCACCCAUAUCCUUGAUCAGGACGGACAGUUCUUACGUUACAUCGAAAACUGCAAUUUGCGAUCUCCAAGGGGAAUGUGUCAACACCAAAGAUGA